AUGGCGGGGAAGGUGGUGAAGCGAGCCUUCUGGGAGAACAGCUUCCUGGACCGCAGCUCGCUCUCCGAUACGCUCGUGCUCAACCUCAAGAGGUUCACCGUCCAGUCGCAGGGAGGAGGGAACGUGAAGAUUAACGACUUCCUGUCCUUCCCGCAGGUGAUCGACCUUGCCCCCAUCACACGGCCGGUCUCGGAGACCAGGUCGCUGGACGCUCCUGCUCCCUCCAGCACCUCCGACGACCCUCUCCUCUACGGCCUCGUGGGCAUCAUCGUGCACAAGGGAGAGGCGACGCACGGGCACUACUACAGCCUGGUGAAGCAUGCGACAGGGGUGUGGUACAAGGUAGACGAUGAGAAGGUGGGGAUUUUCGAGGAGAGCCAGAUAGCGGAGGAGUGCUUCGGGGGGGUCAACAUCAAGACCAAGUCGUACAGGGUGGAAAAGAAGCCCAAGAACUACAACGCCUUCGUCCUCUUCUACCGGAGGAUGCAA